UUAUUUCUUGUAGGGUUCACCCAAACAUAUGCCGUUAUACUUCAACUCUAUGCCUCGACACACCUGAACCCUCGCAAAACCCCUGCAAUCCUUUGUUCGACAUUUUACCAUUUUUCUAGGGUUUGAAGACCCAAUCUUUUUCGAAGAAGAUGAAGAAUCUCAAGCUAUCUUCCGAGAUUUCAGUGAGCUUGGAGCUUCAAUCUGAUGGCGAACAAAUACUGUUUUCCGCCAUUGAUAUUGAACGAAAUCGCUUGUUUUUUGCUUCUUCUUCUAAUCUUAUCUACACUUCCCAAUUCCCUUCUCACCAAAAUGCAAAAGCACAGAGUGGGAUUAUUUUGUCAGCAGACGUACAAUCACUGGAUUUAGAAGUUGAUGAUGUCAUCACAUCAUUUGAUUAUCUCCUGGAGAAGGAGGCAUUGAUCAUUGGGACAUCUAGUGGAUUUCUACUGUUAUACGUGGUGGAUUGUAAUGCCACAGAAGUAGUUGGCAGAGUUGACGGUGGUGUGAAAUGCAUAUCUCCUAGUCCGGACGGAGAUCUCCUUGCAGUAACCACUGGCCUGGGCCAGCUGUUGGUUAUGACUCAUGAUUGGGAUGUGUUGUACGAAAAAGCGUUCGAGGAUCAUCCUGAAGAUGUUGACGUAAGUGAGUCAGCAAACUCUACUUUUUAUAGCCAUGGAAAUCCCAUUUCUUGGCGAGGUGAUGGGAGGUAUUUCGCUACGUUGAGCAAGAUGCAGAAUUUGAGGAAGAUUAAGGUUUGGGAAAGAGAUACUGGUUUGCUGCAUUCCUCUUCAGAUCCAAAGCCUUUUAGUUCAGAAACUUUAGAGUGGAUGCCUAGUGGAGCAAAAAUUGCAACUGUGUAUGAUAGGAGAAAUGAGAAUAUGUGUCCAUCCAUAGCCUUUUUUGAGAGGAAUGGAUUGGAGAGAAGCUCAUUUAGCAUUAAAGAGCCAUCAGAUGCUGCAGUUGAAGUUUUGAAGUGGAAUUGUAGUUCUGAUCUCCUUUGUGCCCUUGUUAGAUGUGAGAAAUAUUACUCUUUGAAGGUUUGGUUCUUUAGCAAUAACCACUGGUAUUUGAAACAAGAGAUCAGAUACUCCAGGCAGGAGAGACCGCAGCUGAUGUGGGACCCAACAAAGCCACUACAGCUGAUCUGUUGGACUUCUACUGGUCAUAUUUCUGUCUACAAUUUAAUAUGGAUUACUGCUGUUAUGGAUAAUUCGGUAGCAUUAGUCAUUGACGACUCUAAUAUACUUGUGACCCCUCUUUCCCUUUCUUUAAUUCCACCACCCAUGUACUCAUUCAAACUAAUAUUCCCAAGUGCUGUCAGGGAAAUGGCAUUUUAUUCUAAUAAUUCAAAGAUCCUAUUGGCUGCCUUUCUGUCGAAUGAAAGCUUUUGUGUUGUGGAGCUUCCUGCUCUUUCUCUUUGGGAAGAUCUAGAAGGGAAAGAAUUUGCUGUUGAGGCUUCGGUUUGUGAAAUGGCAUUUGGAUCUCUUUUGCAUCUUGAAUGGCUAGACUCUCAUCUACUUCUGGGUGUUUCUCAUUUUGGGUUCAAUCAUGAGAAAUAUUUGUCCCAAGCUUCAUCAAAAAAAGACCAUAUGGGUUACCAAUUGGUGGAAAUUGGGGUUCUUUGUUCAGAAAAUCAUGUUCCAGAUUCAGUUACUUGCUCAAGCUGGAAUGUGAAAAUUUCCAACCAAUUUUUUGUGCAGAAGCUGGUGAUUAGUAUUGCUCCUAAUCCCGCCAAUAGUGGUUCAGCAUUUGUUCAGUUUAAUGGGGGAGAUGUUUUUGAGUAUGUGUCGCAGGCGAGCAUGCUCCAAUCAACUUCUGGUCCUCACUUUGAGAAAUAUAAUGCAGUGACUCUCUCAUCAUCUUGCCCUUGGAUGACUGUGGCUAAUGUAACCAGUGGUACAGAGUUGAGGCCUUUGCUAUUUGGACUUAAUGAGCAUGGUGUGCUUCAUGUAGAUGGAGCAAUAUUAUGCAACAAUUGCAGCACCUUUUCCAUAUACUCUAAUUCUUCUGAUCAAAUCAUUACGCACUUAAUCCUUGCAACUAAGCAAGAUUUGCUUUACAUUGUUGACAUCUCUGAUGUUUUAGCUGGGAAUGCUCUGGUAAAGUAUGAAAACUUCAUGCGUGUUGCCAGCAAAAGAAAGGAAGAGGAAAGUAGAAAUUUUAUAAACAUCUGGGAAAGAGGUGCUAAAAUUGUUGGCGUUCUUCAUGGAGACGAAGCUACUGUUAUACUUCAGACAAUUAGAGGAAACUUGGAGUGCAUCUAUCCUAGAAAAUUGGUCCUGACCUCGAUUACUAAUGCUUUAGUGCAAAAGCGAUUUAAGGAUGCAUUACUUAUGAUAAGGCGGCAUAGAAUAGAUUUUAAUAUUGUUGUUGACUACUGUGGUUGGCAGGCUUUCCUCCCAUUUGCUUUUGACUUUGUAAAACAGGUAAAUAAUCUAAGUUAUAUUACCGAGUUUGUUUGUGCCAUAAAGGAUGAAAAUACAACUGUUAAGUUGUACAAGGACUGCAUUUCAUUUCCUUCUUCUGAUGAGAAAGAUGUGCAUACUGGAUUACUGGGGGAUUUCGAUCAUAAGAGCAAGGUAUCUGGUGUCUUGUUGGCCAUUAGAAGGGCCCUUGAGGAACAUGUACCUGAAAGUCCUGCCAGGGAGCUUUGCAUCUUGACUACUCUUGCACGAAAUGAUCCUCCUGCACUUGAGGAAGCUUUGGCAAGGAUAAAGAUUACUAGAGAAAUGGAACUAUCAGGCUCUAAUGAACAAAGAAGAACGUCUUAUCCCUCUGCUGAAGAGGCUCUCAAACACCUAUUGUGGUUAUCUGACGCUGAUGCUGUGUUUGAAGCUGCAUUAGGUCUGUAUGAUUUGAACCUUGCAGCUAUUGUAGCAUUGAAUUCUCAGAGGGACCCAAAAGAAUUUCUUCCUUUUCUCCAGGAAUUGGAAUGUAUGCCAACUCUUUUAAUGCAGUAUAGAGUAGACCUUCGAUUGCGGAGGUAUGAAAAGGCGCUGAAGCACAUUGUUUCUGCAGGGGAGACCUAUCAUUCAGAUUGCAUGGCUCUUUUGAAAGAUCAACCUCAGCUGUUUCCUCUUGGACUUCAGCUAUAUUCUGACCAUUCAAAGAGAAUGCAGAUUUAUGAGGCUUGGGGUGAUCAUCUAGUUGAUAAGAAAUGCUUUGAGGAAGCUGCCAUGACAUAUUUGUGCUGCUCCUGUCUGGAAAAAUCUCUUAAGGCUUAUCGUGAUUGUGGUCAUUGGAGUGGAGUCCUAACUGUUGCUGGUCUUCUGAAAUUUGAUAAAGAAGAGGUAUUGAAGUUGGCACAUGAGCUUUGUGAAGAACUCCAAGCCCUUGGUAAACCAGCUGAAGCUGCCAAGAUUGCUUUAGAAUACUGUGGGGAUGUUAAUUCUGCUAUCAGCUUACUAGUAAGUGCUAGAGAGUGGGAGGAAGCUCUAAGGAUUGCAUUUAUGCAUAGGAAUGAUGAUCUAAUCACAGAAGUGAAAAGUGCAUCCACAGAAUGUGCUGGUAUCUUGGUCAGCGAAUAUGAGGAGGGGCUAGAGAAAAUUGGGAAGUAUCUUACACGCUAUUUGGCUAUCCGACAACGAAGAUUAAUGCUUGCAGCAAAGCUGCGGUCUGAGGAGCAUUCCGUGAACGACAUUGACGAUGAUACCAUAUCAGAAGCUAGCAGUAACUUCAGUGGCAUGAGUGCUUAUACUACAGGGACGAGUAAGGUUUCUACUGCUUCAAUCACUUCUAGGACUUCCAGCAGGGCAAGAGAAAACAAGCGUAAGAAAAAUAAAGGAAAGAUUCGUGCUGGCAGCCCUGGCGAGGAACUGGCUCUGGUUGAUCAUCUUAAGGGUAUGGCUAUGACCAUAGGUGCCAGGCGUGAGCUGAAAUCAUUGUUGUCCACCCUUUUGAUGCUUGGCAUGGAAGAAACUGCUCGGAAGCUGCAGCACAUUGGCGAAACAUUUCAGUUUUCUCAGGUGGCUGCAGUCAAGUUGGCUGAAUAUGCAAAUUCCACAGAAAUUGUAGAUGACCAGACAUAUGCUCUGGACUGUUACUUAAAGAAAGUGAAAAAUGAAGAAUGUGAUUCAGAACCUUUUUCCUGGCGCUCUAAGAUAUUGAUUUUACCAUAAAAGUUAAAAAGUUGGGAAUGGUCAUUCUUCUAAUUUUCUGACUGGAAGCCUGGUUGCGGAAGCAGCAAUGUCCAGAAGGGUGAAUUUGGACUGGAACGAAGGGAGUAUUCAUGUAAUCUAGUAACGACCGGUUUAUGAGUUUUAUGAUUUACUUUGUUCUAUAAUGUUAAGAAGCAAUUGUUUUAUCAAGCCUGUCGGCUUCAUGAAGCAGAUUGAAAUUUCUUGGAAUCAUUGUUUUCCUACUGAGAUUUUGUAGCAUCAAGCUCUGGUAUAUUACAAUUGAAAGCGUAGCAAUUGCCUCAUUUGUUUUUGGCUAUUUUAGUGGAGCUUGUAUCAUUUCUUAAUUUGUUUUUGUUUGGAGCUUGAAUUUCAUCAAGUAUAAUCAUAUCUCUCAGUUAUUACACAGGUCA